CUGAUUUUGAGAGCUACUUCUCAUCGAGUCGCGCUCAUUGUUGUUAAAACUUUCAGUUAGGUUAGGGUUAUUCUAAUAAGUUAAAAAUGUCACCUGUUCAGUCAGACAAUGAUAAACGCAAACAGAUUAGUGUCCGCGGGAUUGCAGACGUCGAAAAUGUCGCUUCAAUCAAGAAAACUUUUAAUAGGCAUCUCCAUUUUACAUUGGUCAAAGACCGUAAUGUUGCGACGUCUAGGGACUAUUAUUUUGCCCUUGCUUACUCUGUCAGGGAUAAUUUGGUCGGAAGAUGGAUCAGGACACAGCAACACUACUACGAGAAGGACCCAAAACGGGUGUACUACCUAUCGCUGGAGUUCUACAUGGGACGUUCCCUGCAGAACACCAUGAUCAACCUUGGCAUUCAGAACGCCUGUGAUGAAGCCAUGUAUCAGAUUGGCCUAGACAUAGAAGAAUUGCAAGACCUUGAAGAAGAUGCAGGAUUGGGUAACGGAGGUCUGGGACGUCUGGCCGCUUGUUUCUUAGACUCCAUGGCCACUCUGGGUAUUGCGGCGUAUGGUUACGGCAUCCGCUACGAGUAUGGUAUCUUUGCCCAGAAGAUCAGAAACGGAGAACAGGUGGAGGAGCCAGAUGAUUGGCUGAGGUUCGGCUGUCCCUGGGAGAAGGCCAGACCUGAGUACAUGCUGCCUGUCAACUUCUACGGAAGAGUGGAGGAUACACCCAAGGGCAAGAAAUGGGUCGACACUCAGGUGGUGUUUGCUCUACCCUAUGACAACCCUAUCCCUGGCUAUGGUAACAACGUUGUCAACACUCUGCGACUGUGGUCAGCCAAGUCUCCUACUGAAUUCAACCUCAAGUUCUUCAAUGACGGGGACUACAUCCAGGCAGUGUUGGACCGUAACCUGGCUGAGAACAUCUCCAGGGUACUUUACCCCAAUGACAACUUCUUUGAAGGCAAAGAACUCCGACUGAAGCAAGAGUACUUCAUGUGCGCUGCCACCCUCCAGGACAUCAUCAGGAGAUUCAAGACGUCCAAGUUUGGCAGCAAGGAUGAAGUUCGCACCAACUUGGAGCACUUCCCUGAGAAGGUUGCCAUCCAGCUGAAUGAUACUCAUCCCUCCCUGGCCAUCCCUGAGCUGAUGAGGAUAUUGAUUGAUGUCGAGGGACUCUCCUGGGAGAAGGCGUGGGACAUCACAGUAAAAGCGUGUGCCUACACCAACCACACUGUGCUACCAGAGGCUCUAGAGCGCUGGCCGUGCUCCAUGCUGCACUCCAUCCUGCCACGACACAUGGAGAUCAUCUACCACAUCAACUUCCUUCAUCUGCAGGCCGUACAAGCCAAGUACCCCGGUGACAUGGACAAGAUGAAGCGGAUGUCACUGAUAGAGGAGGAUGGAGAGAAGAGAGUCAACAUGGCACAUCUAUCCAUCGUCGGGUCUCACGCUGUCAACGGAGUCGCCGCCAUACACAGCGAGAUCCUCAAGAAGGAAGUUUUCAAAGACUUCUAUGAGAUGAACCCAGAGAAGUUCCAGAACAAGACCAACGGCAUCACUCCUCGUCGCUGGCUGCUGCUGUGUAACCCUGCGUUGUCCGACGUUAUUGCUGAUAAAAUUGGAGAAGAAUGGAUUGUUCACUUAGACAAGCUACUGGCGCUGAAGAAGUUGUCCAAAGACGCAGCAUUCCAGAGGCUCGUACAGAAGGUGAAACAGGAAAACAAGCUGAGGCUGUCAACUCUGUUGGAGAAGGAGUACAACGUCAAGAUCAACCCAUCGUCAAUGUUUGACAUACAGGUCAAGAGGAUACACGAGUACAAACGUCAACUGCUCAACUGUCUCCACAUCAUCACCAUGUACAACAGGAUCAAGAAGAACCCCACUGGCAACUUUGUACCCAGAACUGUCAUGGUCGGUGGAAAGGCAGCACCAGGCUACUACAUGGCCAAGAAGAUCAUCAAGCUGAUCUGUGCGGUUGGCAACGUGGUCAACAAUGACCCCGUGGUCGGUGACAAACUCAAGAUCAUCUACCUGGAGAACUACCGAGUCACUCUGGCAGAGAAGAUCAUCCCAGCAGCUGACCUUAGUCAACAAAUCUCCACCGCGGGAACUGAGGCCUCAGGCACUGGCAACAUGAAGUUCAUGUUGAACGGAGCCCUGACUAUUGGCACACUAGACGGAGCCAACGUAGAGAUGGCUGAGGAGAUGGGUAACGACAAUAUCUUCAUCUUCGGCAUGACCGUGGACGAGGUGGAUGCUCUGAAAGCCGCAGGCUACGACGCUUACAAGUACUACAACUCCAACCCCGAACUGAAACAGUGCAUUGACCAGAUACAGAACGGCUUCUUCAGCAGCGGCAACCCUGACGAGUUCAAGGAUAUCGCUGAUGUGCUGCUCAAGUGGGACAGAUUCUACCUCUUGGCUGACUACGAUGACUACAUCAAGUGCCAAGACAAAGUCAACGAGACCUACCUGAACCAGUCCAAGUGGGUGGAGAUGUGUAUAAACAACAUCGCCUCUUCUGGUAAGUUCUCCUCAGAUCGCACCAUCGAGGAGUACGCGAGGGAAAUCUGGGGGGUUGAACCUUCCUGGGACAAGUUGCCAGCUCCCCAUGAACCUGUAGCAUCCUCCUGAACAACCAACUCAGCAUAUUCAUCAACAAACCCCCGAUAAAUUUUGUAUGAAUUUAUUUUAUAAGCUGUGCAAUGUGCAUCACAUAAUUUCCCAGUCACUUUUUUAAAAACGAGUUUGAAAAUGAGCUUUUAGUUAUAGUCAUCUAUUGCUGGUUUUGUCUGUAGUCGCAAAAAAAUAUAUAGCCUUAUCGUACUGUAAGUGUACUUUAAAUGGAUGUCUGGUGUUCAAAUCGUGCCAUAUUAGAUUAUAAACAACUAAAGUUGUACCUGAAAUGUUUUUUUCAUUUUUUAAUUCACUCUGACCAUUUCUGUCAAACCACUCAUUCGGUUUUUCACUUUUGCGAUUUUGUAGUUUUACAUUCUUCACAGUAUUUCACUUUUAUAUGUCUUAUAUGAAUUUACAUUUUGUGAAAUUUCACGCAGAAAUUAUUUAGUUCAUAAAUAUAUUUCAUAGUUUAGUUAAUUUGUUAUGAAGCUUUUGAACUAAGUGAUAUUUUAAUUUUUAAAUAAUAUAAAGUUUACAAUAUUGAUUGUUAGUUUUGUGUUUUUCAAAAUAAGUUACGUCCUAAACAGUUUUUAAGCACAAAGUUUUUACAUACCCCAUAUUUUUUCUGUUUACAUAUAUAUAUUAAUAAUAUUGUUAUUUGUUAAAGAUAUAUUUUAUUUAAAGUGUUUGAAUGAAAAUAGUACUGUAAACA